UUUAUAGGGUUCAAUUUGAUGAUUGAUAUCGUAUUGAGUUCUACAAUUGCUGACUUAUAUGAUUUUGUUUUAAAACUAUCUGCUAUAUUUCACUUUUGUUUAAGAAUGUUGUAUGGAAAUUGUCAGUUUCGAUUAUGAUUCCUCCAGAUAUGUUCUAUUCCCAGUUUGGUUGGAAAGAAAUGGGAGGCAAAAAAAAAAAAAAAAAAAAAAAGGAAGGAAAUGGAGGAUAUGAUUUUUUUUUUUUUGUGUUUGGUAUAAAAUUUUAGAAGGAAAAAAAGAUGAAACGGAAGGAUUUGUAGGGAUACGGUUAAAGCUUGAUAAGUUAUUUUGUUAUCCUUAUGGGAGGAAACAGAAGGAAAGGGAUUAAAGACUUUAAUUAUUAAUAUAACUUUGUUAAUAUUAAAUUUGUCCUUAUUUUUAUUUUUAUGAAGGAUAAAAUAUAUGAACAAGGUAUGAUGAUAAAUUUAUUAAAAUAGUUUUAUUUCCUUUCUUUCUCCAAUUACUCUCACUUCCUUUCUUUUCUUUUAUUAGUAAACUAAACACGAUAAGUAGCUUACAUUAUACUCUCAUUUCUUAUCUUUCUUUUAUUCCAUUACUAAUGUUAUUCUUUCUUUUCUUUUUUGCCCCACCGAGGAUUAUUGAGAAAGUAUACAAUAUCGCUUAAUAUUUACAACGUGGUAUUUCGACCAAUGAGCACUCAUUAUUGAUAUCGAGAACUCCCUAUUUCAUUAUUAUUAAUGAGAAUGGAGAGUUUUCACAACUGUCCAUCGACGGGGGAGGUGGUAGACCCCACACACUCUUCUCUCCCUUUGUGGUAAUAUUGGCAAUUGUAGCUUUGCUUACUCUAUAAUUUUGUGUCAUAAUUUUUUCUAAAAUUUGUUUAGGGUUUCAUGAUUGGAUGAAAAACAAUGUGUUUUUCAUUUCCAUUGCUUUAGUGUAAUUUUAGCUUCUAAUUUAAUGGUAAAUGCUACUCAAUUAUUUGAUUUAAUCAUCCACUUAUGUUGAAUGCUUGAAUAAGUUGUCGAUUUAUGAUUGGUGGUUGAGAUUUUUAGCUUCCACGGCAUCUGCUUAACUGGACGUGGUUUUGAUAUUAAUAGCAGCCGAGAGUUAUGUCCUUUUAAUUGUGUAUUUUGCCUAGUUUAGAGUGUAAGUAGGUUGUAAUUCAAGGGAUUAUUUGCUAAUCACUGAUUUUUCAGGGAUUUUAUUGCAAUUAACCCUAUUUUUCUUAAGUAGUCUAGGGUUAUUCCUAAGUUGAAUAGAACACUUGCCCAGUUGCCCAUUAAAAAGUACAAGAAAACAUAUAAUAAAUAGUGAAUUUCGUACGAUGACUUUUAUAAAAGGAUAUUAAGAAGUGUAAGGAUUAUUAUUCUUAUCCCAUUGUUCAACCCAACCAUUUAACUGGAAAUAAAUAUGUAUAUAUAUAUAUAUAUAUAUAUAUAUAUAUAUAUAUAUAAUCCUUUCAAUUAAUCUUUGUAGGGGUUCGUUUUCGUAACACAAUAAAAUACAUAUAAAUGGUGAUAUCAUACACAAAUUUGAGUGAUCCAGACAAUAUAAUAGAAUCCGAGGUGGACUGAGAGAGGUGGAAGCACAAGCAAACUCGAGAAAGAGGAUGAAGAUGGCAAUAUCAUAGUACACCAUUGACUCCCUUAAUAAAGGUGUAUGGGGAAAGUAUGAGAGGUUAUUUACUGUUCCCCUUUUUUGCUCUACCUCUGCUUAGUCUUGGAGCACAUCCUUAUAUAGGCCAAGUGAGAGGUUGGGUGAUGUCAUAUGACAUCAUAUGUGGGGCCCAUUAACAUUAUAAAAUAAUGUUAAUGAAGAUGGGUCUAAAAUAUAUGGGAGUCGAAAUAGUAUCUCUCUCUACGAGUCAGGUCGAGUGUCAACUCGACGAAUCCUGAACUUCAUCCACCAAACCAAGAACCUCCUCGGAUCCCAAGUAAUCUUGAGUCCUGCUCCCAACUCAGGUCUUCAAGUCUUCGAUCUUCUAUUCGUGGUAUAUUAACGUGGUAAGUGUCACGUAACUUAGACCGUUUGACCGUUUGACUAGUGGGCCAUCAAUUCUGAUGUGGCGUCGCUUGUUAACCAUUUGACCAAGCUUUUGUUGAUGAUGUGGCAUAGUUCGUUGACCGUUUGACCAAGAAAUGUAGGCCAUGUGAAGUGAGAUAAAUUCAAUACCUACAAUCUUUUUAAUGGAUUAUAUACCUUGAGAUUACUCUAGUCCAAUACUUGCAACUACCUUAAAUCAUGAAUAUCAAUCAAUCAUGUUAGCGAGUUUUGGAGGGUGACCCCCUUUGUGUUUGGUGGAGCCUUUGGAAAGAGCAGAUUAGAAAAUCUUUUGAUGGGGAGAAAUCUUCCAUUGGGGCGUUGAAGUUUUCUAUUAUUUGUUCUCUCUUUUGUUGGGGUUGGUGGAGAAAUUAUUCAUUGUUAGAUGAAAUUGUGGACUUUUUGGGUUCUUUGAGUCCAUUGGUCUUUCCCCUCUUUUUUAUUUCUGGUUUUUCUACAGCUCUUGAGACGUGUUCCCCCUUUGAACGCUUUCUAAUACAUUUUUACUUAUCCAAUAUAUAUAUAUAUAUGAAAUCUUUGGAAUUAUGUUCAAGACUAUCUUGCUCCUCUUUAAUCAAUGACGAGAUCUUUCAAAUUAUGUGUAAUAUUGUGUCUCUAUGCCAAUGCUGCUGCGACCUGGUUUCUUUCGUUCUCAUUUUGGAUGAAAUUUGAAAAGCCACUGAUACAUCUGCUGAACUAGAAAUCAAUUGAACAAUUGACCAAUAUUGGUUCUGUAUGUUUUAUAUAAACUUAACCAACAAAAAAUAAAAUUGUAAAUAAAGGUAUGGGUCGCUAUUUUCUAGUCAAAAGAGUACUUUAGAUUAAUAUAGUUACAUGCAAUUCAGGAGGGGAAAAAAAAAAAAAAAAGGAAUAUAGUUACAUAUACUACAUACAUUGUUGGAUUCACUGCUCAAGAUUCUUGGACACCUACAAUUAAUAUUGCAAAGUAAAGAAGUGGGGUAGAGUGUCAAGAAAAAGAAAAAAGCAGAAGCUUCAACUUAAUUAAAGUUGAGGGAUAUUGAUUUCAUUGGAAGCAAGAAGCAGAUUCAGGUAGCUUUAUUCCAUUUGUAUGAGUAUAUAGGGCUAGGCAGAUCGCAAGCACAACAUAAGCCCUCUUUACUACUCUCAUCAAUCGGCCUCUUCCUACUACUUUCCAUACCCCAACAUGGCCACCCAGUUAACUCCUGCAGGUUCAUACCUCCAACCCCAAACUCCUUCAGGUUCAUACCUCCAACCGAAAACUCCUGAAGGUUCAUACAUCCAACCCCAAACUCCUGCAGGUUCUGCCCUCCAAACCCAAACUCCUGCAGGUUCUGCCCUCCAACCCCAAACUCUUGCAGGUUCUGCCCUCCAACCCCAAACUCCUGCAGGUUCUGCCCUCCAACCCCAAACUCCUGCAGGCUCAUACCUCCAACCCCAAACUCCUGCAGGCUCAUACCACCAUCGCCAAACUCCUGCAGGUUCAUACCUGCAUUCCCAAACUCCUGCAGGUUCUGCCCUCCAACUGAUGAAAACUCCUGACCGCGGGAGCAUGUUCAUGUCUUCCGAUGACAGCAUCUUGAUGAAGCAAAUUCUGGCAACUCAUACUCCUGAUGGCCUCGAGAUUAAUGUUAAUCCUCUUCUCCGUGUCGUUGAGGACAUCCUCCGCCGUUCCACCCUCAAUGCUGAUGGCCUUUUACUGGAUGGUACCCAAUCGCAAAAGGAAAACAUGGAAGACAAAUCCCAACAAGCUGGUGCCGAUCUCAUGCUUGACUCACUGUUAUAUACAAUUGAACGGAUCUCCUGCGAGAUGGAAAGCAGGUGUUUGAGUGGAGGGGAAGGACACGGAACAACACUCCCUCUGUUUAACGCUCUAUCAAACUUUUCAUGGGAGGCUAAGCUGGUGCUAACCCUAGCAGCUUUUGCUUUAAAAUAUGGCGAAUUCUGGCUCCUUUGCCAGAUUUACUCAUCAAACCAACUUGCAAAAUCAAUGGCAAUCCUUAGGCAAUUACCUGUCAUCAUGGAGCACUCGGGCUCGUUGAAAUCACGGUUUGAUGCAAUUAACAAUCUCAUCAGGGCCAUUUUGGAUCUGACAAGGUGUAUCAUGGAGUUGAAAGGGCUACCAUCUAACUAUAUCACACAGGAUGUACCGGCAUUGUCCACUGCCACAGCCACCAUCCCAAGUGCUGUCUAUUGGUCCAUCAGAGGUGUCGUUGCUUGCGCAGCUCAGAUUAUCAAUCUCGGUGCCGUUGGCCACGAAUUACAAGAGUCCUGGGAAAUAUCUACCUUAGUGUACAAGAUCAACAACAUACUUGAGCAUCUUAAGAAGCAACUGGCUAAUUGCUACAAACACAUAGAGGAUAAGAGGGACGUUGAAGCUUAUGACGCACUGCAGCAUAUAUUUGAAAUGAUACACAUUGACAACAUGAAAGUUCUCAAAUCCCUAAUUUACGCCAAGGAUGAUCAGCCACCACUCCUUGACGGUGCUUCAAAGAGAAGGGUGAAUCUUGAAGUUUUGAGGAGAAAGAAUGUCUUAUUGCUGAUAUCAGGCCUAGACAUCUCCCAGGAUGAGCUUUCGGUUCUUGAGCAGAUUAACAAUGACUCGAAGAUUCAUGCAUACGAGGUGUUGUGGAUUCCAAUUGUGGAACAUUGGGCCCAGUGGACUGACCGCAUGCAGAAGCAGUUUGAGAGCCUGCAGGCCACAAUGCCAUGGUUCUCAGUUAACCACCCUUCAUUGAUCGAGAAGCCGGUCAUCAGGUUCAUCAAAGAGAAAUGGCACUUCAGGAACAAGCCUAUCCUUGUGGUGCUCGACCCACAAGGAAAGGUGUUGAGCCCUAAUGCAAUCCACAUGAUGUUGAUUUGGGGAAGUGGUGCCUUCCCUUUCACUAGCUUGAGAGAGGAAACUCUUUGGAAUGAAGAGAUUUGGAGGCUUGAAUUGCUGGUCAAUGGCAUUGAUCAAACAAUUCUGAAUUGGAUAAGAGAUGGCAAAUACAUAUUCUUGUAUGGAGGGGAUGACAUUGAGUGGAUUCGAAAAUUUACAACCUCAGCACGCUCUGUUGCAUUGGCUUCUCGCAUCCCAUUAGAGAUGGUGUAUGUGGGAAAGAGCAGCAAAAGGGACCAAGUCCGGCGUGUCAUCUCGACCAUCAUGACAGAGAAACUCAGCUACUGUUGGCAAGAUAUGGCCAUGAUAUGGUUUUUCUGGACCCGUUUAGAGAGCAUGUUGUUCUCCAAGAUUCAACUAGGCAGAGGCGAUGACAACGACCCCAUGAUGCUGGCGAUCAAGAAAAUCCUCAGCUAUGACAAGAGCGGUGGAUGGGCCGUGCUGAGUAACGGAAGUUCCGUUGUGAUCAAUGGACACAGCAGCACUGUGUUGCCUGCAUUGAGCGAGUACGAUCUGUGGAAGGAAAAUAUACCUGUCAAAGGCUUCGACCCAUCAAUUAAAGAUUACCAUGACAUGCUUCAUGGUGCAGCUCUGCCGUGCUGUCGUUUCGAGUUUCCGAGCACUGUCGGGAGGAUUCCGGAGAAAAUGAAAUGCCCAGAGUGCCUUCGCAAUAUGGGGAAAAACUUUGCUUUCGUCUGCUGCCACGACGGAAGUGAUUUCAGCGCACUAUAUUGAGUCACUACUGUGUGGUUCCAUUAAGCCCGUAUACUGCUAUAGUGAUUGAACUACAAUAAUCAUACAUUUAUGUGAAAUAUGUAUGUGGUGUACCUGUGAACUUAAUUUUAUCUAUUUAGUAAGAUUUUGAGUGUGAGAUACUAAAUCUCUUAUGCUGUUAAA